AUGGACGACAUUCGGUCGGACGCGAAGCAUUUGCCGCAAGAUAUUUCUGUUGAGGAGGAUACGGGCAAGGUGAUUGCUCUGGACGAUGGGGAGGUUGAGCAGUUUUAUGGCUCUUCUACUACGCAUGCGUAUCGUCUGAAGUCUGAGUUGGUGGGGAGGUGUAUGGAGGAGAUUGGAAUGGGGAGGUUUCAAUGGAACCUUUUCGUGGUUACGGGCUUCGGAUGGAUAGUCGAUAAUUUCGCAUCACAAGGCAUCGGCAGCGUCCAACCCCCUAUUAAACAAGAAUUCUCGGAUAUAGUUCAAGUCAGCUACAGCUCCGUCGCAUACUAUGUCGGUCUUAUCCUGGGUGCUUCUUUCUGGGGUGUUUCCAGUGAUCUGAUCGGUCGACGACCUGCUUUCAACUGUACGCUUCUUAUCGCUGGUAUAUUUCUUUGCGCUGCAGCUGGAUCAUUGAAUUUCAUUGCCUUCAGUGCUCUCUGGGCCGUGAUUGGUACGGCUGCGGGUGGGAAUGUGCCUGUUGAUUCGAUGAUUUUUCUGGAAUUUGUACCUGGGAGUCACCAAUAUCUUCUCACAGCACUUUCGGCAUGGUGGAACCUGAGUCAAUUGAUUGUUUCGUUGGUCGCAUGGGUCUUCCUUGCCAAUUUCAGCUGCCCGACUGAUGCUACCUCCGAGACUUGUCGCCGUCAGGAAAAUAUGGGAUGGAGAUAUACCCUUAUUGUGCUCGGCGGCUUAGCACUCCUCUUCACCUUCGUCCGAAUCUUUGUCUUCAAACUCCCCGAAACCCCAAGAUACCUCCUAUCCCAAGGAAGAGACGAAGACGCAGUAGAAGCAGUCAACUACGUCGCCCGACAGAACAGAAAGCCCGAACCCCUGACAGUGGGAAUGCUCCGAGAAAUCGACGCCCGGUUAGGAAUGAUAACAGAAGGCGGCAGAACAACCGAAAAGCUCUCAUCCAAGGAGAUUCUCGCCGAGAACAUACAAGCCUUCAAAUGCGAGCACUACCGAGCCCUCUUCGCGACUCGGAAACUCUGCAGACAAACCACCAUCAUCUGGGCAAUCUGGCUUACAGUGGGCAUCGCUUACCCACUCUACUUUAACUUUCUCCCUUCCUACCUCGCGACCAAAUUCACCGAAAACUCCUCCUUCUACCUGACCUACCGCAACUACUGCAUAACCUCAGUCGCCGGCAUCGCCGGCCCGCUAUGCGCAGCUGUAUGCGUCAAUACGCGUCUGGGACGACGCUGGUUCCUCGGGAUUUCGGCUGUCGUGACAGCUGUAUUCCUCUUCGCUUACGUGGGAGUUAACAACUCGGCCGCGAGUCUGGCUUUUUCCUGUGUGACCAGUUUGUUGGCCAAUUUCGAAUACGCCGUCAUGUACGCCUUUACCCCGGAGUCAUUCCCUGCUCCGCACCGCGGGACUGGGACCGGUACUGCGGCGGCGUUACUUCGCCUUGGUGGUCUUGUUGCUAGUCUUAUUUCUUCGCAGACUGGCUUUACGAGUGCGCCGAUUUAUGCGAGUGCUGCGCUCUGGGUUGCUGUAGGUGUUUUUUGUAUUGGUCUUCCGUUUGAGACGCAUGGGCAUGAUGCGCUGUGA